AUGCCCUUGACUCGAACAACGAAGAAAUCACUUCAGAUCGGCAGUGAGAUCGGCCAACAUGGAAUGAUUCGGUGGUUUAAGAACUCUCGUUUGUAUGGGUGUUCUGUGAGGGAUACAUGGACCAAUUCACCGAAGAAACUCCCGCAAAAUGUGGUGGAAUUGCGAUGGGAUGGCUCAAAGAAACCCGUGUUUUGCUUUACUCAUCAAGUGGAUCUGUUUGACGGAGAACAAGUUGAAUGGCAAGAACAACAACCACAACAAAUUGAUUAUUUCCUGAAAAUGGAAUUUGAUCGAGCUCGAAAGGCGGUCGUUCAAAUGAAAGCUCAACGUCGACGAGAAAUUCGUGAAAUGAGAAGACAAAGCAGAGGAUCGAGAUCUCCAUCGCAUUCAAGCCAUUCCAAAUCUUCAUCACCAACUCCAUCACAAAACUCGAUUCAAUCAAAAUAUUCUCCUUCAAACGUUGCUAAUGUAUCAACUGUUCUUUUUGAUGGAACAUUUCUUAUUAUCGAUUUUCAUGCAUUUGGUACAUGGACUGAUAAGGAUAACUGGCAAGUAUCAAUCUCAGCUCAAGCAAACAAUAUCUCAAGUAACGAUGCUACUGUUUUUGGAUCGAGAAUUUUUACCGAUACCGAAUUGCAAACAAUCACAAAUCUGAAUGAAUAUCAUUUUUCGACCACUGGGGGAACGGGAUGUCCUGCUCAGCAAAAGGUUUAUGGAUUUGUUUAUGGACUAACGACAAAAGAUGAUGAGAACUUCACUAAGGAAAUAUAUGUCAAAUCUCGAAGUCAGCCUUUUAAAAGAUUUUCUGAGUUUGGAUUAACUUCAAAAGAAAAUUUGGAUCCUGUUUUCCCUUUACAAGAAUAUAUUUCAAUAGAGAACAAUGCGAGCACACCAUUCGCGACAAAGAAUACAUCAAUUCUUUAUUUUCAGACAGAUUACGAGUCAUCGGAAAUAACAGUGGUCCAAGCUCUUGACGGACAAAUUUCAAAUUUUACCCGUAAAUCCGAAGAUAAAGUAUUGGUUAUUGUGAUUUUGAUUCCAAAAGGGAAACUGACACUUUCCGAAGUACAAAUUGAUGGGGAUGAUCAGUUCAACUUAAUUGAUGGUGGAUUGGCGGAAAUGAAUUCGCCAUCAAAAUAUCUUUAUUUGCAAAGCGAUGUUAAUUCUCUGCAGAGCCCAACUCAAAUCGAAUCAAAUCGACAAGUAAUCACAAUCCAACCAUUGGAUGCAAAAACUAUUGGUUUUACAAUUAAAUUGGUGACU